GUACGAGCAUUAGAGACCCCUUUAGAUGACCGUCUAGCACUAUAAAAGGACUUCAACAGGAGGCGGACGCAAAUUAGUUCUGCGACAGUGAACUGUAUUAGCUAGGAAGUAAGUUUUAAUGAAUAUGUAUGAUCAUGAUAGAAUUAAUGGCCUGUUGUAGUUUCAUGACACACAUCCGAUUAGAGGAGCUAUCUUCCCAAAGUGUUCAAAGCUGUAAUAAAGAAUGCAGGCUUUCAAAUAUUUCAAAUUGUGUUACUUUAUUUUCCGGCCGAUUUCGAUAUCACCUCAGGCUCGUCGCGGAUCACCGAGACCAGUGUCCGGUGAUUCCGGCUGCAGGGGAGCUCCGCUUUGCCCGGUCUGGCCUCGUGGCCGCACUGUCACUGCACAGCUCCACCCGCGCGCGCAGCCCCACCUUUCCCCUCCACGCGCCGCUCCAUCGGCGGCUCCGUCCCUCCCCUCGCGCCAGGUGAAAAGAAGCUGCCUUAUUCCGCACCUGCGCCAGGUCCACAGUAGUUCCCUUCCCAGAAGUGCCCGCACCUAAAAGAAGAUAAAAUAAUAGUAGUGGUAGAAGAGCGUGGCUGAGGCCGUGCCUUUCAGUGGGCUAGGUCGCUUUCCACCAGUUGCUUUCAACGCUCAGUCUCUGCAGGGACCACUUUUUGCCGUCUUUUCUGCUGCUAAUAGUCAGGCAGCAAAGGACAGCAUUCUUGAGGAGAUGAAGGCGAGCUGGGUCCUUGUAAGGCAGUGGCGCGGUGUGUGACGCAUUGGAGCGGCGCGCCGCUCCCGGGGCCGGACAGAGGCGUGGGCACGAUGAUGCCCGGAGAGACGCCGCUACCGCCGGCUGGAACUGCGGCCGCCGGCAGGGCCUGCGCCAACUGCGGUGUUCUCCAGCAGAAUAUGAAUGAAUAUGUAGCUGCAUUAAUUGCACUGAAGCAAAAAAUAAUUGAUGGAGAUCGUUUGCUGACAGAGUAUCAACAGAAAUGCACUGAGCUUCAAUUUGCUGAAAGAGAGAUCUCUGCUCUUCGUUGCCAAGUGGAGAAGAUGUUACAGAAAAUUCUGCCUCUGGAAAAAUGCCAGGAAGAGUUGGGUUCCUUGAAGGCAGAGUUGGAAGAAAAAAAGAGUUCUCUCAAGAUUUAUCAGGAGAGUCAACUGGAAUAUGUUAAAAUUAAAGAAGAAAUAUUAAACAGUGAUGCUGUGAGAAAGAAACUGGAAACUAAAGUGAAAAAACUUGAAGAGGCUGCAACAAAGCAUACCCAGGACUUCAGACAACUAAACACUGAAAAGAAAAGGCUUGAAAAGGAGCUAAAGAAAGCACAAGGAAAACUUGAUGGUGUAAUUAAAGAGAAGUGCAGAAAACUUAAACAUGCAGAAACUCAGAGUUCAAGUGAAGAUCUUGCAACAGAUAUAGACAAAGGAAGAGUGAAGCUCUUAUUAGAAGAACUCUGGAUGUGCAUUGACAGUGCAUCAGGAAAAAGAGAGAAUGAGAAAAAUGAUCCUGUCUUAGACACUGUACAAAUCCACCAAAAGAUCAAGAAGUGUGAUGGCAAAACAUUACCUUGGUGUUCUUCAAGGGAAAGUGCUGUAAAGCAAAAUUCUGUAACAGCAAUGAUAAUUCAAACAAGUACCGAGCCUUUUGGAGAUGAUUGUGCUGUGAACAGGACUGCUGAAGAACAACUGCACAGUGGUGAGGAUAAAAAUGUAGAUGUGAUAAUACAGACAGGCAGGGAGCACAGCACUUCAGGCUUCUCCACUCAGGAGCGGAGAGACCCAGGUGGAAAUGUGAUGGAUAUAUUGAAUUGGGCCAGACCUCUUCCUGCUCUACUUUCUCCAGUACAGCUUUCACCACUGACUACACAGGAUAUGUUCUUGGGAGAAGUCACAGGUUCCAGUGAUGAAGAAGAUGAUUGCAGUACUUCUGCAGUGGAGGGUAUUUCACAAGAAGACAAAGUUCAGCCUCCAAGCUGUAAUGUAAUCUACCCUGGUGAUGAGUGUAACAGAUGGUGCAAAUCAUGUGAGCAUGGUUUUGAUGAAGAAAUCUCACUUAAUCUGAGUUGGAAUGAAAAGAAUAUUCAUAUCAGUCCUAAGAUGUCAAGCAAGGAGAGAGAUGCUGAAAGAAAGCAAGCUGAAGGUGCCACUCUGAUGACAAACAUGGUAACUAACAAAAAUUGUUUGGAGGAGAAUUCUGGGGAUGUGGGAACUGAGAACAGAGAACUAACUGGAGCAGCAGCACACAAAUCAGAAGACAUGGAAGAACAGAAAGGAGAUGGUGAGGACAUGGACAGCGAAGAGGGAGAUUCUUCAGUAGAUUUUAUGUUACAAAGUUUCAAGCCUCAGAAUCAGACGGAAAGGUGUAGUGUGAUAGAGCAAACAGAGGAGAAUGUAACCUUAAGUAGAGCUGUUGAUAAUGAAGGUACACAUGAAAAAUGUGGUGAAUUAGUGAAUGCAGAGAGAGAUAAAUUAGUAGCACAGAGAGAAACUUCCAGAGAAGCAUCUGUUCCACAGAGUGUUACUCAUUUGCUAUCUAAGCAAUGCAUUGUGCUUCAAAGAGAAGAUGCUGAGGAAAAAUCUGAUGUGUUGAUAAAAAAUGAAGUGGUUGAAAAUAAAUCAAAAAAUGUAGUCAUAUUAACUAAUACGGCUGAAGCUAUUGAGAUCUCUGCACACUCUCAGUGCUCUGAAAUAAAACAUGACAGUGAAGAGAUUCUGGAGAAACAACAUAUGCAAACAAAAGACAAAGUGAACAGAGAAUGUGAACCAGAGACUGUUAAAGUCUCUAGGCAUUGCUUACCUGUAUCUUCUACUGAAGGAAUCAGAACUUUGUCAGUAUUUCCAAAUGAUGAACAGCUCAAAAUUGAAGACGUGAAUAUAACCAGAGCUCCAACUCCUGAACUAACUAUGAAAUUUAACAGAGAAAGUGUUCUAGAAAUAGCUGAAUUGUCAGAGCUACUCCACAGUGCAGAAAAUGUAAAACUAGUGGAUAUAAAGGAGGUGGUAGGUUUACGAAGCAAACCACAUCAUGAGAAAGAUGGUAAUAAUUUAUCUCAAAGGAAGUCAAACUUAGAAAAUAUACUUGAACUACCAAAGACAGCAUGCAUUAUUGGUGCGGAAAGCAGUGUAGCUAAGUGUGAAUCCUCUGUGUUAGAUUUUACAGAAGUGAAAGGUGAAAUAAAACAAUCUGAAAACUUACGUGAGAAAUUAGAAUGUGGGCAGUCCAAAUCUCAAAACUUUAGACUGUUUGAAUCUCUAGAGAGUGAAGUCAGUGUUAAUCCAGGAGAUUGUGGAGGGGAAAGCAGUGAGUUGUUAGCAAGAGGGGAUACAAUUAAAUCUGUCUUAAUAGAAAGUAAUCCUAUGUCUCAGGAACAGUUUGCAAAACCUCUGAUUCAGCUCUUGAUAUCUGAAAAUAUUAAAUGUGAUGAAAUAGAAGGGAAAUUAAAUAAACAAAGCAAGGAAUUGGUGACUGAGACUUGCUCCAGUUCACUGAAGCAGGAAAAGAAUGUUGUGAAGAAAGAUAAUACUUCAGAGAUCAUUUGCCAGCCUACUUCAGAAAUAGAAUAUAGAAGUGGCUUGGCUUUUUCUACUCAAAAGGACUUGGAGAAAUGCUGUAUAAAUAAUGAGGAAACCAAUUCUCCUGUGCAAGUGGAAAUUGGCUUGAAAUCCACAAGAUCUCCUGAUCUAAAUUUCAGUCUUCAGAAAGUUGUUGCUUUCCUUGAAACCAACUUAGCAGGAAAGGCUGCUUUUUCUUAUACCUGGGAAAACAAGGGACAUACAAAUUCCAUUAUGAGUAGUACAUUUAACUAUUCUUCAGAUAACUUAGAAGAGGGUGCUGAGUUUGUGACUACUGAAAAAGUCAACAUGGGCAAAGAACUGGGCUGCCCUGAGAGAGAAUAUGUACAUAAAAAUGAAGAGAAAACUUCAGAUAAGGAGCAGCCAGUAGAUAAAGAACCUCAGGCACCUGUUAAAUCACAGAUCAUAUAUGCAAACCCUUAUAAGAAUGCUUUUCUCCUCCAAAAGUUUGAUUGCCAAGAAUCAGGAUGCAGGACUUCUAUGUGGAAGGUUAGAACAGAUCCUUCUAGAACUAAUUCACUAACAGGUGGGGAAGAAAGUAAAGAACUGAAUGGUUUUGUGCGUUCUGGGAGAAAUGCCAUAAUAAAGUGUAAAAGUGAUUUUGAUAUGCCAGAGCAAAGCAAUGACUCUGAAGAGAAAGACUGUUCUCUACAAAAAGUUAAGUAUGUGAAGCGUUCUGAAUGUGUUCCAAUGUUUAGAAACAAACUGAGAUCUUCCAGCAGAAUUGCACUGGAUGCUCUGGAAACUGGUGCAGUUGUUGAUGCUGAUUACCAAGUAUGUGAGCUUCAUUCAAUGAGGCACCCAGGAAAUACUUUCACAGUUAGUCACCUAAAAGCAGACACUGUCUUGGAUAUGAAUACACACUGUGAACCAAACAACUCUGGAGGUACUGCAAAUGAGUGGUCAAGUGUGACUGGAGAGGGUUAUCCUGAAGACUCGGCCUCUUGGAAAACCGAAUGUAUAUUAGUAACCUCUGAAAAUACUGAGAGUGCUAAUGAACUCAUGGAGUCUAACACAGCUGGAUGCAUCAGUCACAGUGAGGAAAGUCUAUUAAAAUCUGGAACAUCAAAAGAAAGCCCUGUGAUGCCAAAUGCUUCAAAAAAUAGGUUGCCACUAUGCAAGAUGUUAAGCAGAUUCUCAGAAAAUUGCAGGCUGACUGUAAAAACCAGUAAAUUAAAUGCAAGAAUGUUAGCACUUGGCAAUUUCUUAGAAGAAAAUGAUUCUGCAAAACUUCAGUCAAAUGGGAAACAAGGUUUAUUACACAGUGGUGAUAUGGGAGUCUCAGUGUUUGAAGAAUAUAGUAAUAAUAAUCAAACUUACACUGCUUGCAAUACAGGAGAAAGCAGCACUGAUGUUAUCAUAGAUAGUGGUACAAAAAAAAUUUUACUCAAUUAUCUUCCAAAUCCAACCCUCUCUGAUGUAAGGUGCAGUUGUCAAACAGUUGGUCAGCUUUCUGAACCACAAAAGACAGUAUUUGAGAAGUUACAUAUGGUGGAAUCAGAGUCUUGUGCUCUCAAGAAAAGCAAUAAGUGGAAGUGUAAAGAGCAAGAACCAUCUGAAAUCUUGACUGUUUCUACCAAGACAGCUGUUGAUGUAAUGCAUACCAAGCUAUCAAAGAAACUGUUUCAAGGUAAAAGAAAAACAAAGACUCUUAAAGUUACUCAGCCAGUUCUUGCAAAUGCUAAUACUUCUGUGGCAAAAAAAUGCUCAUCUGAGAUGAUAAAUAAAAUCAGGGAAGAGAUAGGUCCUCCUCUGCCCCCCUUGCUACUGCCUCUGAUUGCUACUCCUCCAAAAACUGCCUGUACUGUGUCCCCGGUAAUGUCUUCAACAGGUCAAUUCUCUUUGCUUUCCCCUCUUGAUGACCUGAUAUCCCCACUAUGCAAAACUCCUGUUCUUCCUCUCAUGUCCCCAUUAACAGAUACUCCAGCAGUAAAAUCUGCUAUUUUAUUUUCUCCUCCCUCACCCUCAGAAAUGACAGUAGGUAGAAGGAUUCUCUCCUCACCUUUGAAAUUUUGUACUUCCAUUCCAAAGCAUGCACUUCCUGUUCCAGGAAGAUUUCCUCUCUUUGCAGCAGUUAGUGCUGGUCCAGACGCUCCCCAGGAGAACUCUGUGAAAAUAUUGGACACUAUGUAUCCAGAGCUGUCUGCAAGGGCAAGGACACUAAACAUUCUGAAAGGCAAUAUUCAGCUUAACCGAUGUCCUUUUUCAGACAACCAAAGUUUGCCAGGACCUGUGUCUCAAGCAGGUGGAUUCAAAGCAAUUGCAUCUACAUCAACUGCUUUUGUUAAAGCUGGGAGCAGUUUGAAAUCUGAUAGUAGCAAAGAUGAAGACAAAUAUGUGCAAAAUCAGCAAUUGUUUUCAAAUCAUCUUGGAAAAAGGACACUAUUGCGGGUAUCUAUGCCAAGAAGUGCCAAAAGACUGAGGCUGGACAGUGAACCGCCAAGGAUGGAGCCCAGUGAUAUUACUGCUGUCAGAAAUACUAAAAAUACCAUCUCUGAAAUGCAGGAGGCUUUCCGUGGUAAAAGCUAUGAAAUCGGUGAUUCAUCACAGCAUUCCAGUUCAGAAGAAUCACUCCCAGUAAAGAAGGACUGCCAGAAAGUUUUGUUGGCAUUAAAGAAAGUUGCUGAAUCCUGUUUUGACUUGUUACCAGUUAUCAAAGGUCAUGUGUAUGCUGGUAAUAUCUCACAGAUUCCAGUAAUGAGAGAUGAAGAGAGAGAAGUUGUCUAUGAAUUUGGUAUAAAAAACAAGCAUUUAGCAGAGUCCUUGCUGCAUGUAAUUCUCAAUAAGCUGAAGGCUCAGAAGAAUGCCGCAAAUUAUAAUUUCAGUCAGGCUCUGUGUCGAGUAUAUGCAGGAAUUUGUCGACACUUGGGAGAUUUGGAAAGAGCCCGCCUUUUCUGCUAUAGUCUACUUAAAGAAGACUAUCCAGACUCAGAAAAAUUGAUUUUAUUUAUCACAAAUGUAUGGUCUGACAUAUUUGUCUUCCAAGGUGCAAUUAACAAAGCUAUGCAAUUAGUUGUCAGGCAGAGUGCAAGCAAUGAGAUGCUGGCCUGUUUAAGUGCUUAUCUCAACUGGGAACAGUUCUCUGUGUAACAGGUAAUACGUUACUACAGUUAAUUUCAAGAUGAGCCUGUCUCUUUUUACUCAUGAUCUUUUUGCAAGGUAGACUGUAAAUACUUGUUUAUCGCAAAAAAACUUAAUUACAUAAGCAGUUGGUGUUAAUACAAAACCAUUGAUACCAGGAGAAGGAUGAUCAGUGAGAGCUGACUUCAAGUUUUUGAGCUGUUCAGAAAAUCAUUUAAUUUCUAUCAGUUUUCAGCAGGCACAUAUUACCGUCCUGAAAAGAGUGUUGCAAGGAGGAGAAAUUGAAAUAAUUGGGAGCAAUUUUACAUCAUGCAAAUGGAAAGCCAGAGGUGCUUUGCUUCUAAAGGAGUUCGUGUCACAGGCUUGUGUGUCUGUUUAAAGGCUAGGGCCCCAUAUAUUUGAAAACUCCAUAUUAAUGCUGGGCUUGCUUCCUGGAAAUAAAAUAAUGUUGUAUAUAUCAAGUGAACAAAAUCAUAUUGAUUCAUAGCUGUCCUAGUUCUGGCCACAACAGGGUUAAUUUUUGCAGUUGCCAAAAAGGGGGGGGUGGCUGGGACUUGGAGGUUAAUUCUGUACCACUUCGUAUCAUUACCAGGGAUGUGGGGAAUGGAGUCUCUUCCAGGGAGAAUGAGUCCCUUCCAGGCCAGCAUAGUGUGAUGGAGGGAGAGGUUGUGUAUUGUUGCUUCCAUGUGAAUUGUUGGUCUCUCUUUUGUACCCUCCAUCAUUAGUAUUCAUUGUUAUUACUGUUUGUUGUCUUAUCUCAUUGCUGUUUCCAGUAAAUUGUUCUUUUCUCAACCUGUGAUCUUUAUAUUUUGUGCCUCCAAUUCUCCUCUCCAUCCUGCCACAGAGAAGAGGAAGGGAGAGGAGGGAGGAAGCUAGCAGUGCUUGGUUUUAGUGGGAGCACUAAUUUGGAGAAUACAAUUCCUAAACCAUGACAAUAGCUCAUCUAUUCCCUAUCCUAACAUGCUGCUCUACAACUGCCUUGAGGAAUGCAGUAGUCUUACUGCUGUCAUCAUAGCCUUUAGGUGUUGUAUGAUUUUUUUUUCUUUAAUCUCUGAAGCCAGCCCCGAAUUUAAUUCGGUAUCACUGAAAUUACAGCCCCCUAAACCUCCUGCUUUAGUGCAGGAGUGAGUUAAUUUGGCAUGGAUUUGUAUCUGGUUUUUUUACUAUUGUAUCACAGUUGUAAUGUAGCAUUAAGCUCUGGUAUUCAGUCCCUGUUUAGCAAAGAAUUUGUAUCCUCCAUUCCAUUAGGUUAGAGCUUUUAGUAUCAUGCCAGUAGAGAUGCACAUAAGAAUGUUCUAGUAAAUGUUCUUGGAAAUAUUAAUUCUUUGCACUCACACUACCUACUUUAUUAAUGGAUCUCUGAAAUAUGAGAGCUGCUGCAGCUGGGGAGAAAUAGAAUUUUCUAUAUUGACGAUGUAUAUUGACGAUAGGAGAUGACAUCAUCCUGUCUGUAAGCUGUGUUUUACUUGGGUAGAAAUACAGAUAAAAGUUUCAAGUAGAUUGUGAUUAACAGUCUGUUACACAUAUAAUUUUAGGAGAAGAUUGUUCCAAGUAAAGCUCAAUUGGGAUGGGUAUUUAUUUCUUGGUCAAAGCAUGUCAUGUUAGUGACUUGCACCAUGGCAGAACUUGCCAAUUAUAUGAGGUUUUGUACUGAGAAGAUCUGCCAAGCACCCAUUCUGUUUAUGUGAUAAGCCUAGACUUCUUUUAUGUGUCAGAUAUUCAAAAAAUGUUUGGUUUUGAGUUUCCUUUCUUCCCUUGGCUGUUUAAUUAGCAGAAUGGUUUCACAUGGCAUAUUUAUUUACCUCAACUAUUAAAAGUAUUUGCUUGCAAACUCACCCCUAAUGAAGAAUAAAGAGUAACGAAUUUUAGAAUUAUUUAUAUUAGACUAAUUAUUAGACCAUAUUAGACUAAUCUUCUUGCACUGGAAAAACACGCUUCUUACCUGAAUGCUGCAUUGAGAGAAAUAAAAAUCCCCAAAUUGUAGAAGGAGAUGAGAGAGUGGGUGUGAGAUUUGUGUUUUAUCUUGUUUGGGUAUUUUUUUCCCAAACUCUCCUUUUAGUAAAAGCAUCAGGAAAAAUACCUAGUACUUGAAGGUUUUGGUUUAUGUACUCUAUUUGUUUGUGUUAAUUCAACCCAAAGUUGGAUAUAUGGCGUAAGAUGCUGUAAACAGUCAGUAUCAAAUAUUUGUAAUGAGUUUGGUUCUGGGCUGGUAACUUUUUAUGCAUUAAGAUAAUUACCUUCUAAAAUUCCAGAGUUCAUCUUUAGAUGCUGGUAUUAUGGUCUCAAACCUGCUUUUAGAAAUGCAGUCAUGUACAAAAGUAGAAUUUCACCUGAGUGAACAGUAUGGAGAAGACCUCAGUGAAGAUGCUUGGCAGUAUAUAUUUGCUGUUGAUCUACUCUGCUCUCAUA